UACCCGAGAUCGCAAUUGAACCAUGUCUCUCUUCCCGCAAGACCCUGCUGAGGCAUUCCUGCUCGCUCAGGUUCCGUCUGUCGCCGGACCAUCCUCCUUAUCGACUUAUGGGAAACGCGAACUCCCAACAGAGCUCGUUCCACCGAGUCUGAGCUUGAAGAGCCGACGAUUGUCUAGAUCUCGCAGGAGUGGAGAAGCGGUUAGGAGAGGGGAUGAGUUCACUGACGGUGUUCUCGGAGGAGUAUCAGAGCAGGACAAUGUCCAUGAAGAGGGAAAUGUUGAUGCGGAGGAGGAAGAGGAUGAACACCGUCGUCGAAUUCCAUCUCCCGAGGAGCAUCGCGUAUGGACAGAACGACGCCAACAAGCUCGUCAAGCUCAACUCGACGCUUCUCGUCCGAAUAUCCCGUCUAGUUUCAGCUCAAAACGCACGCAAACCGGCUCACAGUGGCACCCUUCGAACCUCAACCUAGACCCAGGGACGGGUAUCAUGGUAGCGGAAGACAAGCUCGGCCAAGAGACUCCCGGCGACGAGAUCGACGACGACGACAUUGCCGAAUCGGGGGAGAUGUGCGUGAUAUGUCUUCAACCUGUACAGGAUCGGACCAUCGUUGGGGAUUGCGAUCAUUCGAUCUUUUGUUUCGACUGUAUAAACGUCUGGUCGAACCAGAGUCGGAAGUGUCCGUUGUGUACGGCACCUAUCAGAGAAUUUCUGGUGCACGGGCUAGAUAGGAGGACAGGGCCUGUCAAGUUUUACCUUCCCCCACUUCCCACGAUCAACCCUUCCAACGCCCCUCUGAGCUCAACAACAUUCGCCUCGUCCCUCCCACACCGCCGCCCUGUCCCUCCUUUCCGCAGAAGAGGACCCGACUUGCUCUACCCUGAGCGAGAUCUCUGGGCCAGGACGCGUUCGGAGAUGCGAGGGGAGAACGGGGAAGCUGAGGGGGAAGAGGCUUUGGAGAGGCAGAUCGCGGGUAGGAGGGAGGUCUAUAGGACGGGAAGGUUUGCCAAGCACUUGGGCAGCAACAUACAUACGAGGUAUAGGCCAUUACCCACUCCGAGACAGUUUGCGGAUAACCCCGAGUAUACUGCUAGGGCUACUCUGUGGUUACGACGAGAGUUACGGGUCUGGAGGGAUCUUGACGUAGAGUUCUUGACGACCUAUAUCAUCUCCCUAAUGAGAUCGAUUGAUAUUCGAUCAGAGCCCGCUGUUAGGCUGCUAAGCGACUUCCUGGAUAUAAGGGGUAGCGAGGGGAGGGAGAGACAGGGGACGGAGCAUUUCGUGCAUGAAUUCGUCGCGUUUCUCAGGAGUCCGUAUAGAGACCUGGCAGUGUACGACGCUGUCGUUCAAUACGACCCUGAUCGACCGGACGACCCCGACGAGGAGGACGAGGAUGAUUUCUUUUCACAAAGGCUGCGAGCUGGCCCAAGUCGCGAGAGGCGGAACUCGAUCAAGAUCAAUGACAGGGACGAUUUUGCCGCUCAAAUCGUACUGGACGAUGCCGACCUGAACCGAGUGGAUGCCCUCGCUCGAGAGAUGUUGCCGGAGAAUAGGCCUAGGUCGCCUGUCAGGCGAGGACGGUCUAUGUCGUUCUCGUCUGACGGAAGCUCGGAAUCGCUAUUGUCAAGAAUCUCGCAGCGCAGGGAACGUCGCCCAGCGGACAGAAGACGCAAGCCCUCACCUUCAUCGCCGCGGCGAUGGGAUCGGGAUGACAGUUGGAUCGCCCCGCCGUCUGUACUCGAUCGGAAAUGGGACGAAGCGGAUUCGUGGGUAGACCAAGAGAUGUUGAAAGAGGUCGAAGAGGAGCAGCGGUUGGACCGGGAGAGAGCUAUGGCCUUGAACAAGGGCGGAAAAGUCAAGCCAUCUAGGACCAAGACAAACGACUUGGGUUCAGAUGAAUUACUCGAGACGGACAAAGGUAGAGCACAUAUCGAUGUUGCUCAAAGAGGCAUGCGCGGCUGGGGAGAACCAGGCGAUGCGGACGAGGCCAUUGUGCUGCAGGACUCGGAGGCGGUCCCUGUUGACACGGUCCAACCGGUCCGGGUGCCCUUGGCCCUGCGGAUCUUUGGCACCGGUGCAGCAGCAAAUGAGGAGAUUGUUGCUGAUAGGUCAAGAGAUAACACUCCGGAACAAGAGCGGGUCGAUCCUGACGACGUUCUGAGUGAAGAAGAGGAUGCCAUGCUUGAUGCUCAAGUUUGGGGUACAGAAGACGCCAUCGAUCUUGAUCUUCUCGCUGAGAGGAAAGAGGAGAGGAAGAAACGUCGCGAGUCUGAGGCCGCAAAUCAGCCCGCCAUGAUAGUUGCAGCGGUCCGAGAAGACGCCGCUGUCAAUCAGGCGAGACAGGCGAUCAUCAACAAUGCAAAUCGGCGAGCCGAAAAGAAAGAACAGUUGCUAGCGAAAUUGAUUCGAGCCAAAAUGCAACUGAGGGUUCGCAAGCAGAUAGCGGACCCCAUCAUUUACGACAACGACGAAGAAGAAGAUUCUUCUGCAUCUUCAACGCCGGAGCAAGAGGUUGUCCCGGAUCAUAUUAUACGAGUCUCUCCGAUCACGGAGGAUCAGGCUCCGUCAGCGGACGCAGUUGAAGCCGAAGCGAGAGCGAAGGCCAAGGCGAAACUGCGUAUGCGAUUGAUGCAGGAGAAGAAAAAACAGCAGCAGCAGCAACAGCAAACACUUUCAGAACCGUUGCAAGCAGAAACCUUACCAACAGAUCAAGACACUCAGUCGGGGAAACCACCCUUGGACAGAGCUGCGAUGCUUCGGGAAAAACUACUCAAAGCUCGACAACAAAAACAGGCGGUAUCUAUAGCAUGACGACCCUAUUACACCAAUAUGACAUUAUAACCUGACGAAGCGCACGACGUGUACAUGACGCAUGAUGAGAGCGAUAAACAAACA